AUGAAGUUCUUAGGGGAUUUCGAACUGAGCCCUAACAUGAAGAUCAAGGUAAUCCCUAUAUCAUCUGCUGAGUUGGAUGUUGUCAAGUUCAAACCAGAGAAUGGUUUGAAACUUCUAAGUUUUAUGGAGGCUUCAAAUGUCAUGAGCUGGAUUCAUUCUAUUUCAAAGUACUUCCUUUUGCGGAGGAUGAGGGAGUUUCAGUUUCCAUCUCUUAGCAAUUUGCCUUCGACAAUGCAGCCAACCGAACAACAACAAGAGGUUGCUGAUAAGUUGGUCCAAAUGCUUGAUCUUGCUCCACCUGGCAGAGAGGAAGCCUUGCAACCGAAUGUCACACCAAAUCCUGUUCUAGAGUUUCUUGUCUUAUUAGCUGGUUGUCCAAAAGCAACUAACUUGCAGCAAUUCCCUAUGCUCGAGAUUAUGUCACUUGAUAUUAUCCACUCGUUAGAAGAGGCUUUGAGCAUUGAUGAGCCAUAUUCGGACGAGGACAUUGAGAAUAUAAAAAUGCGGUGGACGAAGUACUUUCUUGAGGUUACUUCAUGA